AUGAAUACAAUUCCUUAUGGUCGUAAGCAAGGUAAAGUCAAAUUCUUUAACUGUCAGAAAGGAUAUGGAUUUAUCAUUCCUCAAAACCUUGGACUUGGUGAAAAAGUAGAAGUUUUUGUGCAUCAUACUGCAAUUCAUAACAAUGGUGGUUUUAAGAGCCUUGCUGAGGGAGAAGACGUAGAAUUUGACUUGAUCAAAGGUCCCAAAGGUCUUCAAGCCGCUAACGUUAGUGGACCAAAUGGAAUUUCUGUUAAAGGGGAUCCGAAUGCUCCAGGCAAUAAUAAUAAAAGAAUUGUUACAAGGUAA